AUAAUAAAUUGAUAAAUAUUUGAAGUUCGUUGCUUGUAGUCAGCAAUUGUGUUUUAAUUAAAAGAAAAAAAGCACUUUGUCGCUUUCGUUUUUCAAAUUAAAGUUGCUUUAUCUCAUCGCUUAAUUUAAGCUGAUUAACGUUUAACCAUUGAACCUUUCAUUAAAAAGUUUAAAGAAAAAGUGGGUUAUUUAUAUUAUAUUAUUUACAUUACUAUUAGAUAAAUCGUCAUAUGAUAACGACGAAUUUAUCGAGUGGUAGAAGCAUGAAUUUGUAAAUAGAAAUGGAGUACAGAUGGUUAAAAGUGUUAUCUAUAUAGGUGAAGAGAAGAAGCCAAGAUGCAUAUGUGGAUGUGGUUCGGUUACGAUCUCGGCGAGUUCCUCUUCGCCGGGCUCACGAUCAGCACGCGAUGGGCCUUCGCCAUAACUUGGAUCGUGCUUUUCUUCGUUGCUUUACUCUUUGAAGGCUCAAAGGUGUACUUGGCGGGAGUUCAGAAGGAAGCUCACAAGAAACUGUACCCGUAUCGUUCAGACGAGAGACGUAAUCUGCUAUGUGAACGUGAUCCAGGUAGUGCCAUGGAGCCAACGACUAGCCGCAACACCAGUUCCGGUCAAGUCAGUAGAUGGGCGUCAUUUCGUGUCCGAACGUUGGUGAACACGCACCAGACGACGGUGUUCGUGUUGCAUAACGUGGUCGGUUACCUGCUCAUGCUCACCGUCAUGAUUUACAACGUGCAUCUCCUCUUAGCAGUGGUCUUCGGAAUGAUGCUCGGGUAUUUCCUUUUCGGAACGAAGUUAACUCGAUUACAGAUGCAGUGCUUCAGCACCAAGCGGUUGGUUAUUUGUACGCCGGAGUGUGACGACACAGCUGAAAACACAACUCCACCGCUUUUAGACUCACCCGUUAGUUCAGAGUCUGAUUUGUUCAUUUGUCAGACGAGAACAUGCAUACAGCCAUCGCAUUAUUUCCCAGUCAGCACAUCACAAGAUGCAGGAGAAAGUAGUAACAGUACAUGCCAUUAUGGCGCCAAAAAGUGUCCAUCAAAAGUUGCAAGAGCGAAAAAAUUACUAGCUGGGACAAGACAAUGCCAUAAUAGUGGAAGUGAAAAGGAGGACAGUCCGAGUGUCGAAGACACACAACUCUUGCGCAGCGAACACGGAUGUUGUAAAAAACAAGAGCAAAAAGAGGAAAAAUGUUGCAAAUCUAGUCAGAACACAACGGUUAUGAUUCACGAAACAGAGAGUAAUGACGAUUGUUCAGAAACGAAAGUAGAAUUCGAAAGUAGAGAAGACAGUCCACAGAUAACGUGUUGCCAUAAUGCGAAAGCAGCGCCAAGUGAAAGUCAGGAACAGAUAAUAAAGUGACGUUUAUUUGUUAUAAUGUACGAUAAUUAGUUUUGUAUGGAGGCUCAUAGAUAUAUAUUUACAAUUUAUUGUACAGCUUUAUAUUUUUACAGUUGAUAGAAAUAUAUUUUAAGUUUUGUUUAUAACAAAAAUGAUUUCAAAUCAUAUUGUUAACGUUGUUAGGAUUGCUCAAUGUGAACGCGAAUAAAUGAAAUAAUGGCAAUAAAAAGCAAUAAAUGUAUGUUACAGUAAAUAUAAGAUUUUUAGCUAUAAAUAAAAAAUAAAGUAUAUAAUGCUAAUGUCUUCAGUUAGGAUGCCAUUUCUUUAUUAUUACGUACGUCCAAUUUAAUUUGUUCGUUAAAUAUUAUUUUAUCGUUGGUUGGUUUACUCAUUUGUAUAAAUUCAUUAAUGUUUAAAAAAUGCCAUGUAAAUAUAUUUUUAUAUGUUUGUCUGAAAUUGGAACUUGCGCCUGUUUGAGGUUAAAUUAAACACAAUGAACAACU